AUGGACAGAGUGAUGAAUAUAGUUUUGUUUUCAAAAAGAAGAGUAGAUGGUUUAAAAGAAGAGCAAGGAUUUGAUGGACGAAUUGUGUUGUACCCCAGCAACCAAAAUUUAAAGGACUACCUCAGCUGGAGACAAGCAGAUUGCCAUAUUAAUAACCUUUAUAAUACAGUGUUUUGGAUGCUUGUACAGCGAAGUGGUUUGACACCAGUGCAAGCACAGGAUAGACUUCAGGGAACUUUGGCUGGAGAUAAGAAUGAGAUCUUGUUUUCUGAAUUCAACAUCAACUACAACAAUGAACCUUUGAUGUAUAGAAAAGGAACUGUCUUAAUAUGGCAGAAGAUUAAUGAAGUCAUGACUAAGAAAAUAAAACUGCCAGAGGAAACAGAAGAAAAGGAAGUAGAAGUGACUCGGACUAGGACUAAAGUUGUUCCCCUGCACUGUGACAUUAUUGGUGACCAGUUCUGGGAGGAGUAUCCUGAGAUUCUGGCUGAGGAUAGUUGAUACCUCUGAUGAGUAUAACUGGUAGUUCACAUUCUGCUUGGGUUGUUGGCAAGUGAGGACCAUGAAUGGUGGCUAGCAGAAUUUAACCUCUGACCUUCUUCAACAGCUACAUCGGUUUUAGCACUGUUGUUGCCUGAAAAACAGUCACUGGUAUGUUGUCUGACAUACAAGGAUAUACCCAUAUGGAAAACCUAAAAUCAUAUUUUAUUUUGAAUGUUAAGAACUUCUCAUAAAUUAACUCUUCCUUCCUUGUACAUGCAUAUUUGUAGGAAAAGUGUCUAGAAAUUUCAUGCAUUUCUGUAUCGUUUAAACCAUGAGGUAUUUUACUGAAUGGCUGAACUAUAUAAAAGCUUGCAUAUUUGAACAGUUAAAAGCAGAGGAGAAAAUAAUUGUUUAGAUUUUUGUUUCAAUUGAGAUGGACCAGAAUACUUCAGUUGGCACUUAUUAUUAAAUUUCAAGGCCACUGUGAUUAGACUCUGAUUUUCACAGAAAAAAACUGGAGUAGCCCAGCAGAUUCCAUGACUGAUUUUUUAAAAAAAACUUUUGUCAAAUGUACAGGAUUUUUAUACUUUUUAAAAGUUAAAAAAAAACCCAACAACCUCUGCUGUGUUUAUUACUUCGCCUUUCUCAUUCCUGGGACUUCAAUGUUUGGAAGUUUCACCAAUUAGUAGUAGAAGUUAAUAAAGAUACUGUACAGACUUGAAUCCUGUUAGGACAGGUGGACAUUGUGAUCUGUCCCACUGUGUAGUAGAGUGAAAGGCAAAGAGGGUGCUAACAAGAACUUGUGUUGCUGUUCUCUGAUUGCUGGGGAUGACACAGACUUAGCAGUCCUGACAACACAUGUUCAAGGGAAGGAGGGGAGUGUGUUGCCUGGUCUGUCAUGGUUUAAACCCAGCCAGCAGCCAAACACCACGCUCCCUGCUCCCAGGGAAUGGGGGAGGGAAUUGCAGGGGGUAAAGGUAAGGAGCCUUGUAGGUUGGGAUAAAAACAAUUUAGUAAUUGAAGUAAUUAAAAUAAUAAUAAUAGUAAUAAUAGAAAUUACAAACAAAUGAUGCACAAUACAGUUACCCAGCCUGUUCCCAGCUAGCGAUCCUAGAGAAGAGAGAAUCCUGAAAUCACAGUCCUGGAAGUGAGAGCGAGCUUCCCAAUCAACCCUCACCUAUAUACUGAGUGUGAUGUUGUAUGAUAUGGAAUAAUGCAUCAGCCAGUUUGGGUCCAUUGCUCUGCCUGUGCCCCCUCCCAGCUUCUUGUGCACCUGCAGACUAGCAGGACAGGGGAAGCUGAAAAGUCCUUGAUUUCUUA